AAUAAAAUAUUAUUACUAUAACAUUAUAUUUAAUGAUUAUUAUCCGCGUUGAUUGUUCUGAACAAUGUUUUUGAAUAACCCACCUAAUAUGGAUAUUAAAUGAAACCACAUAAAAGCUUGUUUUUUUUUUUCUAAAAAAAGCUAUUAAUUUUUUUGUUUACAUUCCUAUCCAGAUAUCAAGAAUAAGAAGACUGUAUUCUACAUGGUCGGCUUUAUUGACAGCUCGUUGUAUCCCCAGUCUCAAGCUGUUGCCAACUCGUAUGUGAAGAGAGGUUACAAUGUGUUCGUGACAGAAACCCUCGCGUUACUCUCUCAUAUAUAUCCUAAAUCCGUUCGCUUAGCUCGAGUCAUUGGCAAAAAAGUCGGAGAAUUCCUAGUCAAGUUGACCGAACAAGGACUGUCAGCUGAUAAUCUUGAGCUGGUCGGCUUGAGUCUUGGUGCUCAUAUCAUGGCGUAUGCAUCUAAGCAUUUAUAUGCAGUCACUGGAAAGAAACCUUCACGAAUCACCGGUUUAGACCCAGCCGGUCCAUGUUUCAGAUCUCUCCCUGCUAAAUACAAACUAGACUCUUCUGAUGCCGUUCGAGUAGACGUCGUACACACCAAUAUCGACGGAUUCGGUAUGGCUGAGCCAUUAGGCCAUGUAGAUUUUUACGUUAACGGUGGUGAGUUCCAACCUGGUGAUAUAACUUUUAUACCCUGCUUGAUAAUCUGCAGUCACCUCAAAUCUGUUAUAUACUGGUGGCAGGCAUUGGAACAUCCCACUAAGUUUAUAGGUGUUAAAUGCGAUUCUGUCCAAGACGCAAGACUAGCUCGUUGUUACAACAAUACUGAGACCAAUUAUCUAGGUCCGAAGACUAAUUUUAGUACUCCAGGUAUAUUUUACUUAUCUACCACUAAUGUGUUCCCUUACUUCAGGGGGAAAGCAGGUUUGGUACCAGAGAACGAGAUCUAUACCUCUUUUAUAAGAAAAAUUAAUGAUGAGGAUAAUUUUGUUGUGUAAUAUUUUUAUUGCACGCAACAUUGUGGUAUUAGACGUUUUGUAUGACAGUAAGGAGUAUAGGUACACUGUUUUUUCAAAAAUAUAUCAAUUUUGUUUUUAUUAUUAUGUAUAAUGGUACGGUUUACAGAGGUAUUUAUACAAUUUUAAUGCACUCGCCACAACGCACAUGGAUUAAAGGCAAAAGCAUUAUGAAAGGGAGGCUUAAUUUUUUAAUAGCGAUCUUUUAAAUGCGAUCUGGGAUAUUUCUAGCUGUGAUAACUCUCUAAUGGUUAACUAAAAAGUAAGCUUUCUUGAUAAUAUUCAACUGAGAGUGACUUGGUAGGUCUUAGAGUUUAAUUCUCUAAGUGGCAGGUAGUUAAUACUUCCAUGAAAGUAUUAACUAGUAAUUAAGCCUAGUAAUUACUAAUCUUCAGGAUCAAGGAGUAGCUUGAUGGCGUAGUGGAUAAGCGGCCCACGAUCAUCGUUGUUAAUCAACUUUCAACUUUCGUAAGGAUCGGUAAUGGGAUGAUGGAUCAAAAAUUAUUACCCGCA